UCAGACCAUGUGAGGGGGACUGGUGUACAAAAACCUCACCAAGAUGCUGAGUUGCCCACAGGCUGAGUUCCCGAGACUCUGAAGUAAAUGUGGGUGAAGGUUUCUCCAGCUUGGAUAACUCCAAGGAAAGCUCUUCAAAGCCACCCGAAGGACAGAUGGUGUUUGCACCUUCACUCUGAUGGCUUCAAAUGUGGAAGAGGAAUUCUGAAAGUGCUGGGAAUACAGUGGGAAUAAGAGUGUGGGAAGACAAGCCAGAAGGGGAGUCUGUGCUGCUGUCCAUCUGCAAGUGAUCAGAACACAUUUGGGGGAAAAAAUGGAAAAAAAGGCAACUAGCAAUGAGACUGAGCCACUGACUUCCAAGAAAGAUGUCUCAGACUGUAAUGAAGAAGACUGUAAAGAGAACAGACUUCUGGUCAGGAACCCUAAAUCUGCCUUACGGCUCGUGGAGGAUGGCAAUAAAGUCCAUCCCAGCCAAGGAGAUAAAGGGGAGGCAGCCCAGAUCUCAAAUGGUUAUUCAGGGGGUCAGAGCUCUGUUCCCUGCAAUGGAAUGGGAGAGGUGGAAGAUGCUCAGUGCACUGUCCCAGCAGCCACAACCACCACUACAACCACCACUUCCACCACCUGUGGAGCAGAAGGCCAGCAGCAGCUGAUGGAGUUAGAAGACAGAGAGACCUGGAGUAAAAAAAUUGACUUUCUGCUCUCUGUCAUUGGCUAUGCAGUGGAUCUGGGAAAUGUCUGGAGAUUUCCUUAUAUCUGCUAUCAAAAUGGAGGAGGAGCAUUCCUCAUUCCUUACACAAUUAUGGCCAUCUUUGGAGGGAUUCCUCUCUUCUAUAUGGAGCUAGCACUAGGACAGUACCACAGGAAUGGCUGUAUUUCAAUUUGGAGAAAAAUAUGUCCUAUAUUCAAAGGGAUUGGCUUUGCCAUCUGUAUAAUAGAUCUUUAUGUCGCUUCCUACUACAACACCAUCAUGGCUUGGGCCUUUUACUACCUCGUAUCGUCCUUCACGGCGGAGCUGCCAUGGACUAGCUGCACAAAUUCCUGGAACACAGGCAACUGCACUAACUACUUCAGCAAGGACAAUGUCAGCUGGUCCCUGCACUCCAUCUCUCCUGCAGAAGAAUUUUAUACCCGCCAAGUUCUGCAAGUGCACCGGUCCAACGGGCUGGAUGACCUGGGGGGGAUUAGCUGGCAACUGACCCUCUGCCUAUUGUUAAUCUUCACCAUUGUAUACUUCAGCAUCUGGAAAGGGGUCAAAACAUCUGGCAAGGUGGUAUGGGUGACUGCCACAUUCCCUUACAUCAUACUAUCUAUCCUGCUAGUGAGAGGUGCAACUUUGCCUGGGGCUUGGAGGGGUGUCCUCUACUAUCUGAAACCUGACUGGCAGAAACUCCUGGCCACUGAGGUUUGGGUGGAUGCAGCAGCUCAGAUUUUUUUCUCUCUUGGACCAGGUUUCGGGGUCUUACUGGCUUAUGCCAGCUACAACAAGUUCCAUAACAACUGCUACCAAGAUGCUCUGGUCACCAGCGCCGUGAACUGCAUGACUAGUUUUGUGUCUGGAUUUGUCAUUUUCACUGUGCUGGGCUACAUGGCUGAGAUGAGGAAUGAAGAUGUAUCCGAGGUUGCCAAAGACACUGGACCCAGCCUUCUCUUCAUUACUUAUGCUGAGGCCAUUGCAAACAUGCCUGCUUCCACUUUCUUUGCCAUCAUCUUUUUCCUGAUGCUACUCACGCUGGGAUUAGACAGCACGUUUGCAGGACUAGAGGGAGUGAUUACUGGAGUACUGGAUGAAUUCCCACAAGUCUGGAGCAAACGCAGGGAGUUGUUUGUCCUUGGUCUGAUCAUCCUUUGCUUUUUGGGGUCGUUGGCAACUUUGACAUUUGGAGGUGCAUAUGUGGUGAAGCUGUUUGAAGAGUAUGCCACGGGUCCAGCUGUCCUGACUGUCGUGUUUCUGGAAGCGGUUGCUGUGGCCUGGUUCUACGGCAUCACCCAGUUUUGCAACGAUGUGAAGGAGAUGCUGGGCUUUACCCCAGGCUGGUACUGGCGAAUUUGCUGGGUAGCAAUCAGUCCCAUCUUCCUUCUGUUUGUCACUUGCAGCUUCCUCUCCAACCCCCCAGAGCUACGGCUUUUUGAUUACAGUUAUCCCUACUGGACCACAGUAGUAGGUUACUGCAUAGGAACCUCUUCUAUCAUCUGCAUUCCAAUCUACAUGGUUUACCGGCUGAUCGUCACUCCAGGAACACUUAAGGAGCGUAUCCUGAAGAGCAUUACUCCAGAAACAGCUACAGAAAUUCCUUUCGGAGACAUCCGCAUGAAUGCAGUCUAAGCUAACCUGUUUGCUAGGGGAGAGAGGGGGGAGCACAACAAGCACCUUUCCCCAUCCUCUCCCCUCCCCAAAGAAUUACAUUUCCAGUUGAGACAACCAACAGAGGAGUUUUCUGUGGAGGCUGCAUCACUGACAACAGCCAUUUGGAAACAUGCUGCCUCCAGCACAUUUAUCCAAGCAAUUCAAUGAAAUCUACUGUGCACUUCUAAGCAGACUGGACUGACUGAGAGCUAAAUCCUUCUGGAACCACGAGGAUGUCUGUGUGCAUGAGAACAGCACUACCCCACGUGUAGGCACAGGGCCAUGCGUGUAGGACUGGCAGGGCUGGGUGAGGCUGGCUGUAGGGUGCCCUGUGGCAGUGCUCCUGUAUCUCCCUCAAUGUGAUUGUUCGUACUGGGCAAUGUCGUAUUCGCUUCUAAGGUUCUAACUGCUUCAAGUACAUGGAAAAACCCAAGAGUAUUUCUGACAGCCAUAAAGGGUUUUAUACACUAGAAACAUAAAUAGCCAAUUCCCUAGGUUUGUAGAGGAGUAGACAGAGGAAGAGGAAUCCAUCCUGAGCAGCACUAUACACAGCUCUGCGGACAUUAGCACACACAUUUGGUAGCAUCCUCCUUCUCCUCCUCUUCACUUCCUGCAUUUUGUAGAUGGUAAAGGUUUCUAGUAGUUGUUUCUUGCCCAACAAAUACUACCAAAGCAGUUUUUGUAAUGUUGUAGGAUUCACUUUCCUUUAGACCCACCCAAGCCACAAAACCUCCCCAUG